GCCUUCCUUCCUUUUAAAAAUAAAUCUGGUCAAUCUGAAGUCCAUUCCUUAAAGUUCUCUCAUUUGCGGCCAAUGAACUGCACAGAGCUGAGUUAUUUUAUUCGAUUGAUGACACUAGUGAAUGUGCGACUCGGAGUGUGGAUUUACGGCGGGAAGACGGCUCCGCAACUUCGCUGGUUCCUCCAUAUCCCGUUUUGAAAUGGAGAUCAGAACUGCAGUGUUUCAAAUACAAUAAACUUUCCUAAGAUCUAAAAGCAUAGUUGUAAUGGCACAAAUAUCAGAGACAGACCAGAUAAAACAGUUUAAAGAAUUUCUGGGCACAUACAAUAAACUGACUGAGCACUGCUUUAUGGAUUGUGUAAAGGACUUCACAACCAGGGAUGUAAGAACAGAAGAGGUGACCUGUUCAGAACAUUGUCUACAGAAAUAUCUGAAGAUGACCCAAAGGAUAUCAAUGCGCUUUCAGGAAUAUCAUAUUCAACAAAAUGAAGCUUUAGCAGCUAAAGCAGGACUGAUUAGCCAACCUCGAAUAUAAAAAUGGACCAAUAAUGUCAGGGCCCAAAUGAAUCAUAAGACAUUGCUGCACUAGUGGACUAAUGGUCACAUUUUAAAAUGUCCAAAACACUGGUGCCUAUUAAGAUGCAACUGAAAUGAACAUUUAGAAUCAAGAAAAGGUGGAUGGAAACAAGAAUUCAUUAUGUCUGAUGGACCAACACUUCUGGUUUAUUUUGAAAGUGAAUGGUACACCUUUGAAUUGUUUGUAAACUUAAGUCUACAGUGAUCACUGCAUUUAAGGUUCACAAUGAUGAUGGAAUAAACCUUGUUGGUGCUGAA